UGAAAGGUGCUCAAUUUCAAAAAAUGGCUGCCGUCGUACAAGAUCACGAUGCAAAAGUGGAAGAUGAAAAUGAAGACAUAAGGGAAGAUCCUAAUGAAGAUGAUGCAGAAGAUGAAUUAAGUUCUAAAGAUCCUGCUAAGAAAAAGAAAAAAAAGAAGAAGAAAAAGAAAGCUCCUGGGCCUGAUGUGGCAAAUGACAACUCUGAAGACAUAGAAAAUGUAACAGAAAAAUUAGAGCGACAAAUUAUUGAAGGAGAAGUUAAUAACAGAGAUGCAGAUGGUGAAUAUGAUUGCAAAGGGGAAAAUGUUGAAGCAAGCAAAAAGAAGCGCAAGAAGAAAAGCAAAGGUGGUACAACCGUGAAACAGACUGAUCCUCCGUCCAUUCCUAUUAAAGUCCUUUAUCCAGAUGGGAAUUAUCCUGUUGGUGAGGAGGUUGAAUAUGUCUCUGGGGUGGAUGGUCGUACAGCAAAAGACAGAUUUUCAUCAGAAGAGAAAAAAGCAAUUGAGCAGAUGGAGCAAGAUAUAUAUAAGGAUAUCAGACAAGCUGCUGAAGCUCACAGACAGACUAGACAAUAUAUUAGAAAGUUUAUAAAACCUGGGAUGACAAUGAUAGAAAUAUGUGAAGAACUAGAAAAGACUGCCAGGACAUUAAUUUCAGAAAAUGGUCUGCAGGCUGGAUUAGCAUUUCCCACCGGAUGUUCAUUAAAUAAUUGUGCUGCUCACUAUACUCCUAAUGCUGGAGAUACCACAGUUUUACAAUAUGACGAUGUUUGUAAAAUUGAUUUUGGCACUCAUAUUAAUGGUCGUAUAAUUGACUGUGCCUUCACUUUGACAUACAAUUCUAAAUAUGACAAGCUUCUUGAGGCAGUCAGAGAGGCUACUAAUACUGGUAUAAAAGAAGCAGGCAUAGAUGUUAGGUUGUGUGACAUUGGAGAAGCCAUUCAAGAAGUCAUGGAAUCUUAUGAAGUUGAAUUGAAUGGGAAAACAUAUCCAGUAAAAUCUAUUCGUAAUUUAAAUGGUCAUCUUAUUGGGCAAUAUCGUAUACAUGCAGGGAAAACUGUGCCUAUCGUGAAAGGAGGUGAAGCUACAAAAAUGGAGGAAGGUGAAUUUUAUGCCAUUGAAACAUUUGGUAGCACUGGAAAAGGUUAUGUACAUGAUGAUAUGGAAGUAUCUCACUAUAUGAAAAAUUUUGAUGCUGGGCAUGUACCUCUCAGGUUAGCUCGUUCUAAACAACUACUCAAUGUAAUAAAUCAGAAUUUUGGGACACUGGCAUUCUGCCGACGCUGGCUCGACCGUUUAGGUCAAACUAAAUAUCUGAUGGCACUCAAGGAUCUAUGUGAUAAAGGAAUUGUCGAUCCUUAUCCACCACUAAGUGACAUCAAAGGCUCAUACACAGCUCAGUUUGAGCAUACGAUAUUAUUACGCCCAACAUGUAAGGAAAUAGUUAGUAGAGGGGAUGAUUAUUAAAUUUUAGUGAAUUUUGAAUUAAAUAUCUAAUAAUAUGAAACUCAAAAUGCAUAUAAAUUGCUGUUUUUCUUCAUUUUACAAUUGUUGUAAAAAUGAAUUUUUCUAAGUCUACAUUUUGAAUUGUUUCCUUAAAAUAUGGCCAAAUAAUAAAUUGUUAGGUUUAGAUCAUGCAGAUAUAUUUAUUCAUAUUGCUCAAAUACAAGACUGUUAAUGAAUUGUUUAAUUAUAGUGUAUUUCCUGAUUUACAAAAGUCAUGUCAUAAUCCAUUUCAGUAUCGUUGAUUUUAUUACUGUUAUAAGUUUAAUAAGCCAGAAUCAAAUGUUUUAAUACUGAAAUUAUAAAUUACGCAGAUAGGAUAUGUCACCUUUUUUAAAUACAACAGUGUGUAUAUUAAUUUUUGUAACAAAUAAUUUGCCUUAGGUUUGUUUCCAUUUAACAAAAGGUUUUAUUUCAAUUAAUAUUUGAUUUGGUUCUCAUUUUUUUAUAAAGGCAUUUUUAUGUAAUAAUUUUAAUGGCUUCCUUCAUUUCAUCUUCACAUAAAUGUAAUAGAUUUUAUGCAGGGUUAGUUAUAAAUUAAUACUAUGAGAAUUAUAAUUUUAUACAUUGCAUGCAUGCGGAUUUCGAAAUUUCUAGUCACAUAUAAAAUAUAGCUUUUGUGCACUACUUAAUUACCAAAAAAGCUAUUUGCUAAUGCUGUUUUUAAUGCUUUCUUUAACAAUUACUUAUUGUAUGAAGCAUGAGUUUUGUUUUUGUAUUCAGCAAAAUGUGCAGUUUAAUUAUGUAAAAUAUGUUUCAGGCGUUCUUUUUUUAUCUAUAAAUGAAUAGAGAUUUCAUUUUGUGAAAGCUAUUUUUUAUAAAUGUGAAAGAAAAUUGUAAUUUCAAUGUUUUAAACAAU